UGGAGAACCACAACAACAACAGGUCACACAACAAGAGCCACCUCAACAACCUGCCGAUUUUCAUGGAGGAGACCAUAUACUUGAAGCAGGACAGGAACAAGUACAACUAGAACAAGAUGGACAAACUCAUGCACAAGAACAUGUGAACAACAUUAAUAUAGACGAGGAGCACAUGCCACCAACAGGAGUCGUGCCACCAAUAAACGGAGGAGGAGGACGGGAACAAGUCCCAGUACUUAGACGACAUCAGUUCUAUGAUGUGAUCAUAGAGGGGAAGAUUUUUUCUGCGAUCUACAAUGCUCCACGUGCGCAGUUCCGUUUGCCGCCACAGGAACUGGUGGAAUCUGUGCGAACACAAUUGACGACGCUAAGCUUAAGGCUUAUACUACAUAUAGAUUGAUACUCUUAAUUAUUCAUCUUGUUGGGACGAGGCAUCUUUGCCGUGCUUUCAAGGGGAAAAAUAGGUCAAAGAUGUCACUAUCUAGAUGGGAAUAUCGGCAAUGUCUAAUAAAUCGCCGCUUUCUGGCGACCUUGACGCUGGCUGGACGCCAUGCAGAAAUCGAAAGCGCACUACUUGCUAAUGUUACGGGCGGUUGCUGAAAUAUUUUAUCUAAUUUUAGUAUUGUUGGAAGUUGUAACCGCAAUGUCGGAGACAAAUAUACUUUCUUCACUUCUCCCUUUACCUAGUACAUGGACAAGAGCAUCAAGUUCAACACGGGAUAGGAGUUGCAUUGAAUGAUGACCAGCACAGCAGCACUUUUAUUGACAUGUAAUGAAUUGUAGUUUCAAGAACAUGCUUUAAGAAAGGAGGUGAAAUUCGGCUGGAUGGCCUUCCGGUAGAGCUGGAGCUGCGACCCGGAGCAGUUUUUAGAAACGCGGCUUCUGCUGCUGUCCAAGAUGGAGGAGAAGAUGUGCAUGAAGGUUCUGACGUGGGUGGGAGUGACGAUCUU